GACACUGUAAAGCCGUACGGGGGAGUUGUUGUGAAGAGAUAAAAGAAAAAAGAGACGGUAUUAGCUUGAGCGCAUUUCAGUUUUAAUUGCAAGAAAGGAAAUAUUUAUUUAGCAAUGCCAGCAACGAUGGAGAGGGGGGCGGAGUAUUUAGGCAAAGGACGUUCAAACGGGACGAAGAGCCCCUCGAACGCCUGGAAUGGACAUUUUUCCGAUGACAGUGGCAGCGACAACGAGCAUGAUGUUGGAAUGCGUGUGGGUUCGGAAUAUCAAGCUAGUAUUCCAGAAUAUGGAGCCGGUGCUUCAGAGUACAGCGAUGAAGACAGCAGAAGCUUGCUGGUUUGGUCUCCCUUGCAUACCAUUGUUGACACAAAAUUAGAUGAAUACAUUGCCAUCGCAAAAGAAAAGCAUGGAUACAACGUUGAGCAGGCACUGGGCAUGCUCCUCUGGCACAAGCACAACAUCGAGAAGUCGCUGGCUGACCUGCCCAACUUCACCCCUUUUCCUGACGAGUGGACCAUGGAGGACAAGGUCCUGUUCGAGCAGGCCUUCGGCUUCCAUGGAAAAAGCUUUCAGAGGAUUCAGCAAAUGCUACCAGACAAACCAGUUUCAAGUCUUGUGAAAUACUACUAUUCUUGGAAAAUGACACGCUCCAGGACAAGUCUUAUGGACCGCCAAGCAAGAAAACUGGCCAGUCGAUAUAAUCUGGAUGAAAGUGAUGAAGAUAUGGAAGAAGCCAUUCCACUUGAAGCAAAGGAUGGUGAUUACAAUCCAACCAAAGAAACUAAAAAGGAGAGGAACUCAGAACCACCAGUGCAGACCACUAAAAUUGGUUUGGGCAGACGGGAGUACCAGACCCUGCAGCAUCGCCACCACUCCCAGCGCUCAAAGUGCCGCCCCCCGAAAGGCAUGUUCCUCAAUCAGGAGGACGUGGCGGCCCUCUCCUGCAGCGCCAGCGCAUCCAACACUGUGCUUAGGCACCUGGACAUGGAGCUGGUGUCGCUAAAGAGACAGGUUCAAAAUGCAAAACAAGCUAACAGUGGUCUGAAACGCGGGAUAGAAGCAGGUAUAGAUGACUUGAGGCUGCCAGAGUGCAACCAGAAAAUUAACGCCCGCUGGACCACAGACGAGCAGCUUCUUGCAGUUCAAGGUGUGCGGAAGUAUGGGAAAGAUUUCCAAGCUAUUGCCGAUGUUAUCGGUAGUAAGACCGCGGGUCAGGUAAAGAACUUCUUUGUGAGCUACCGGCAUCGCUUUAACUUGGAGGAGGUGCUGCAGGAGUGGGCGGCGGAGCAGGGGACAGGAGCAGCCGGCGGUGACGCUGCCCCCUCAGGGGAGGAGGGGAAGGACAGCUGCAACACUCCGUCAGGGAGGAGUACCGAGGAGGAGGAGGAGGAUGAGGACCAGAUGACUCCCACAUCAGGCGCACUCGCCCCCUCUGAGGCCACGGCAGUGCAGUUCCCCGCAAGCGGCCUGGCCUCUCUGAGCCAGCCGCCCCCUCUGCUGCGGCCGUCCCUCCCCACCACGCCCGCUCUCCACAGGCAGCCCCCGCCACUCCAGCAGCAGGCUCGGUUCCUGCAGCCACGGCCUACUCCUUACCAGCCCCCGCCACCCCUCGUCCGCCCCAGCAACCCCACGCCACCCCGCCUCACCCCCCUCCCGGCUGCGCCCUUCCCCAGCGGCCAGCGGCCCCCGACACUGAUCGGCACCAAGGGCACAACCCCCUCAUCUACAUCACUGCUCUGAGAGGGUACAAAACAAAAAAGAUGCUCUCUUUCUGUCAAUUAAUAAUACUGGUUGACUAAUGAAUCAGAUUACUGGAGCCCAGCUGUAAAAGACAGGUGUUCACUGUGUGUUAAAGCUUUACCUUACUCACUGUGUUAGUACUGUGGAAGGGUCGGAGCUCAGUGUUUGUGCUCAGCAAGGUUCUUGUUUCCAUUUUU